UAGUGCAGACCCUAUUGAGACGACCCGUAACGCACGCAACGUUCCGUCUCGCAACCGGUGUGUGGCACGCUUAAGUGCCAUUAUUGCGGAGAAUUGUGGUAAGUCGAGAGAGAGAGAGAGAGUGAGAGAGAGAGAGAGAGAGAGAGAGAGAGAGAGGAAGAGAGAGAGGAAGAAAGGAAGAGAGAGAGGAAGAAAGGAAGAGAGAGAAAGAAAGAGAGAAAGAGAGAGAGAAAGAAAGAGAGAAAGAGAGAGAGAGAGAGAGAGAGAGAGAGAGAGAGAGAGAGAGAGAGAGAAUGGAUGCAUCGAUUGGAAUCGCGUGAAAGGGUGAUAUCAGCAGACUAUGAAACCAGACCAGCAUCCAGGGACAGUCAGCCAGCCUGUCUGGAGCCGGGGUAACCCAGGGACACCCAGGAUGCGCAGCUGGACACUGCAUCUAUCUGGCACGGCAUGGACUGGUUGGUAACCGCAACCAAAGCCAACAGCCGGACCUAACUUGUCGCAGAUACACAUACGCUAGUGCUAGUGUACGUCAGUGGUGGUGUCACAUGGUGUGUGGAUUAGAGCAAAAAUCGGUAUCAUCCGCAGCAUCAUAAGCGGAGGAGCUGGGACGGCGCUGGCUAUAAAUAUUCGGUGAGUGUUGGCGCUGCUCGCUGAUCGACGACCCACGGAGUAGGUAGGUGACCGCAACAAAAUCCCGCCAGCAGGGCAGGACCCUCUGUGUGUGUGUGCCAGUGGUUCGUUUUUCGGGCCGGUCCGGUUUGUUUUAUUAUCGUUCAAAAACGCGUUGGCGGCGGCGCUGGCAGCACCGCGUUGGGUCUCGAUCACGGGUGACUGUGCGGGCGGUUUGGGAGUGGUUCCGCUGUGGAACGCCAAUCAGGGUAGCCUCACUCGCAGGUUUCGUACCUCAGCUGCUUCUGUUUUGCUAUGUCGAGUCGAGGUCCAGCAGUCGCAGUCGUGCCGUGACCGUCGAUGGCUACGCGGCAGUACUAGCUCAGCGGUCUCGUAGCGAGCGGUGGUCGUAUCACGCACCAAACCCCGUGGCAGUGACGGCAUUGACAAUCAUAGAGGAUCGCCUACCUAGCGGGUUCUUCUGCGGAGGUUGUGUUGGAGUGACUAGUGGUUAUAUGCGCGACUCUAGAAGAACACAAUGAUGGAGCAAACAAGUGAGAACGGUAACGAGAUGGCCCAGGUAGGUGCAUUAUUGAAUGAGGGAAAACCGAUCACCAGCGAUCAACCGAGCACCCAUCAGUUAUCCGAGGCAACCGAGAACAAUAGCAGCACCAGCAGCAGCAGCAGUCCAGAACGGAUUGCCACGUUCAAACGACUGCUUCUGACGUUUUUGGCGGAGAACGAGCAGCAGCAGCAGCAGGAGGAUGGGGCAAGGGUGGAGAGCGGGGAAGGGGAACCACCGUGGGACAUCGGAGUGUUCGAAGGGUAUGGCCGGGGUCUGGUGGCCACGCGGGACAUUGCCGUGCACGAUCUCGUCUUCGUCGACCGGCCGAUCCUGCUGGGACCGCGCGUCAACAACUACGAGGUGAUCUUUUGCGCCAGCUGCUACCGGAUCCUGAAGCGGCUGCAGCUGUGCAGCGGUGGUUGUCGGUUGCCGAUCUGCGCCCGGUGCGACUAUGCAACGAGCCCCUCGUCGGCACACCGCGCCGAGUGCGAGCUGAUACAGGGCUGGCAGCCGAAGGAUGCGGGCCGUUACGCGAAACACAUCCUGUACGCACUUACCUCGAUCCGUGGGUUUCUGCUGUCGGAGCGUGAUCGCUCGAUCGUGCUACAGAUGGAGGGCCAUCCACCGCGCAAGGAGAUGACGACCGAGAUCGAACAGCUGCUGAAGGCCGGCUACUUCGGGAACCUACCGGCCGACGGUACCGAUGUGCGCUACCUGCGCCAGCUGGUUGACGUGCUCAACACGAACGCAUUCGAGACCAGUCGGGUGGUGGUGGAUGAGGACAACAACGACCACGAGAUCAUCCUGCGCGGCCUGUACGUGCUCGGUGCGAUGAUGAACCACUGCUGCCGGCCAAACGUGCGCUACGUGUUCGACGAUCAGCUCCGGAUGCGAGUGUACGCGUCCCGGCCGAUCCGGGCCGGUGACCAGAUCCUCAACAACUACUCCAAUAUCCUGUGGGGCACCCAGCACCGCAUCAUCCAUCUCUGCUUCUCCAAGCACUUCCUGUGUAUCUGCGAGCGCUGCAAGGAUCCAACGGAGUUCGGCACGUAUCUCGGGGCGCUCAAGUGCGUGCGGGAGCGAUGCGACGAGGGUCGGCUAUUGCCGGUGAACCCACUCAAGAUCUCGUCGAUAUGGCGCUGCAACCGGUGUGACCUGAAGCUGGACAAUAUCAAAGCAUCGAAGAUUCAGGAGAUCGCGAGCCGGAUGGUACUGAACAAUGCGAUCAAGCGUGAUUCGGCCCACAUUAUCGCCUACCUGAGCGAGCACCUGGUGCGGUUUCUGCUACCGACCAACCAGUUCACCGUUGAGCUGAAGCUGCAAGCGAUCAAGAAAAUCCGGGGGGAGGGACGCCAUCCGGAUGAGCUGCGUGCCAAGGAGCGCUACUGUCUGGAGAUACUGGACCUGCUCGAGCGGCUCCGGUAUGGCGAGUGCUUUAUCAAGGGUGUCCUGUGCUACGAGCUCUUUGUCACGCGCGUCACGCUGGCCGCACUGCAAAAGCAGCAGCAGCAGCAACAGAUGAACGCUAAUGGCGUAAGUGUGCCCGCCUGGAUGGACGAAGCGAAUCUCGAGUGGCUUCGGACGGCCUGGCAGAUACUACGCCCGAGCGGCAAUCGGCCUCGGGAUCUUCACAAAUUAGUAGUGACCUACGAAAUUGAGUGAAUCGGCUGCUUACUCCUGCUGCCAAGAAGAGACAAGCAGACAAGCAAGAAAAAGAAGAAGAAAAAGAAGAAAAAAUGAAAAAGAAUUAUAAAGAAGCGGAAGAAGAUAACGAUGCACAAAACAUAUCGACACCUCACAAAAAUGCUCACAUUACGGCCGAUGGCGAUGGGGGUGAGGGUUUCCGUGUGGCAUUUGAGAAUGGGAGUUGCGUCAUGAGGGAAGCCCCCGACACGUUUCGGUUAUAGGUUUCGCAUGCACCGCACGCGCACCAGACUAGGGUGGUUAGGUCUCGGGUAGUGUGAAAUGGCGGCGCCUGGUAACUUGUAAUUUUUGUGUUUUUUUGUUUUUGGUUUUAACGUGGGUUUGUGAAUUUCCUAAGCCCAUCAAGUGUCAAGCUAAUAAGCAACCUUUUAUUGAUAGUCCACAAAAUUCACUAGAGUCUCUAGAAUUUAUCAUACACUUUUUCGUACACUCCAAGAGAUUUUUUGCAAACCUCGAAUGAAUUUCGCCAUCGACAAUGGUGAAGGAAUGGUCAGGGCCUCCAGAGUCAGGGUCCAAUGCCAGUUUACGGAGUGAUAUGGCUAGGGCAGCUAGGUAGGCAGGAUAUAGAUAAAGACCAUAGAUAGGCAUACAUAUCUGUAAACGAAAACAAAACCGGAGGAGAAGAGAGAAGAUUCAAAUUUCAAACAGAAAUGCGACAAAGGAUUCAAACAAACGGAAGUGAAUCCGUAGCUCAACGCAGACGGCAGACAACAUAAGAGAGAGAGAGAGAGAGAAAGAGAAAGAGAGAGAGAGAGAGAGAGAGAGAGAGCGAGACAGAGAGAGUAGCAGAGAAGAAGUAGGUAUCGCACCGAGCGCAGACGCAGACAGAACCAAACCAAACAAUUCGAUUCGUUCCAUUGGCGUGCCACUGUGUAAACACGUAUGUGUGGAUGCGAUGUACGCACACUGUAUAGGACUACGUUUCGCACGCCACUGUACGACUGUCCGCCCAAAACCCGCCAAACGCCAAUAUAUAUAUAUAUAUACAUAUAUAUAUAUAUAUAUAUUGAUAUAUAUAUAUAUUGGCUCGUCGAAAAAGUCUUUUCGUAUUUUGGCAAUAGGUGUCUUUGAAGUCGUCUACCUCCACCGCUGUUUAUCACAUUAUCUCAUAUAAUCCGGGGACGUUUCGGGUGACAUUUUAAGUGUCAUUUAGUCAAAACAAAAGUAAAUUUGGAGAAGUUUCAAAAAAGUUAUAGUUGUUCAGAAAUGUAUUACAAUAAUGAAGAAAUUCGCUAGUUUCUUUAAUUAUUUUAUAAAAAAGGGAAGAAUACCACGCAAGUAACCAUGAAUUGUCUGUGGAAUUUUAUUGGACUGAAUUAACAUCUGCGAUUGUUUACUGAAAUGGAAUGAAAUCGAACCAUUCAUGAAGGAAAUGGUAACAGGAGACGAAUAGUGGAUCAAAUACGACCAAAAUGUGCGAAAAAAAAUCAUGGUGCAAAAAAGGUGAAGCUAAACGGCCCCAAAGCCAGGAUUGACGCCGAAAAAGGUUAUGCUGUGUGGUAGGAUUGGAAAGGAAUCAUCCAUUAUGAGUUCCUCUAGCCUGGCCAAAUGAUUGAACAUACUCUUUGCUGUCAACAAGUGAUGAGAUUGAGGCAAGCAAUCGAGAAAAAACGGCUAGAACUGAUCAAAACAGAGGGCAUCGCCUUGCAUCAGGACAACGCUAAACCGCACACAUCUUUAAUGACUCGCCAAGAACUUAGAGUACUUGAUAGGGAAGUUUUGAUGCAUCCACCAUAUAGCCCUGACCUUGUACCAUCGGAAAACUACUUAUUUUGUUGGAUGUAAAAAUCCGUUGAUAGAGUAAUGCUUCAAGAGAAGCAUGUAAAAAAUACGUUUCAAAGUUUUUCACCGAUAACUCACGGAUUUUUUACACGAAACGAAUAAUUUCUUCAGCCGAAGAAUGGGAAAAGAUGGCUAACUAAUAUGGAAAAUAUUUGGUAAAAUAAAAUUAUUAAGAAGAAAUGAUCAAAAGUCAUUUGAAGUUUGAUCAGAAAUACGAAAAGACUUUUUCGACCACCCAAUAUAUAUAUAUAUAUAUAUAUAUAUAUAUAUAUAUAUAUAUAUGUACAGUGUCGGACAUAAGUUAAGCAACUGAGUCAAGGUGUAUGAAAAAGUGUUCAAAAUUUUAGUUUUCAACUAAACUGUACAAUUUCCGACUCAGCUACUGAAAAGGGUGUCUAUUUACGAUAUUUUAGGACGAGUUUAGUUCUUUUCUUUCUUUGAAUAGCACAUUAACACGAUAGCUUCAAAAAAGUAUUGUUUUUUUCAUGUGACAUAAGUUAAGCAAUUGCACUUCCGUCCUUAUAUAUGCUAAAAAAAAUUAAGUAACUGGUUAUCUACAGUGACCGGCAUAAGUAAAAGCCCACCCCUUGAUUUUUGUACAUUCUUGACUAUAAAUCCUACAUUUUCUAUAGUA